CUGGCCGCACCCACUCUGCUUCCUGGCUCUGAGGUCUCAGAGGUGCAGCAGUUAGAGCAAACGCAGGGGCUCAAACAGCUUCUCUGGAGGAAACCGGACAGCUCAUCAAGUCCUUAAAUCAGGUGGUGUCUGGGUACCCCAGAGCCUCCUGAUGUAAACAUGGCUGCCAACCCUAACAAUGCUCUGAGGAUCGUGCUGGUCGGGAAGACCGGAAGUGGGAAAAGUGCGACUGCAAACACCAUCCUCGGGGAAAAAGUAUUCGAGUCUAAGAUUGCAGCCCACGCUGUUACCCCCACUUGUCAGAAAGCAUCCCGGGAAUGGAAAGGGAGAGAGCUUCUCGUUGUUGACACCCCAGGGCUCUUUGACACCAAGGAGACCCUGGACAAAACCUGCAAGGAAAUCAGCCGAUGUAUCCUCGCCUCCUGUCCUGGGCCUCACGCCAUCGUCUUGGUCCUGAGGCUGGGCCGCUACACAGAGGAAGAGCAGAAAACCGUGGCGUUGAUCAAGAAUCUGUUUGGGGAAGCAGCCAUGAAGUAUAUGAUCAUCUUGUUCACUCGCAAAGAGGAGCUGGAGGAUCAGAGCCUGAGCGACUAUUUGGAGCAUGCGGGUGUAAACCUACGAAGCCUCAUCCAGGAGUGUGGAGACCGCUACUGUGCCUUCGGUAACAGCAGGCACACACAGGAGGCUGAGAAGGAAGCUCAGGUGCAGGAGCUGGUGGAGCUGAUAGACAAGAUGGUGCAGAACAACCGAGGAGCUUACUUUUCUGACCCCGUUUACAAGGACAUAGACCAAAAGCUGAGACAGAUGGAGGAAGACUUGAUGAAAAGCUAUACUGAUACAUUAAACAUGCAAAUGGAACAAGUAGAAGUGGAAUAUGCCCAUAAACCACCAGAAGAAAAGAUGAAAGCAAUAAAAUCGAUAACAGAGAAGUAUAAUGAACAAAGGAAAAAUGCAAGGGAAGAAGCUGAGAAGAGUAUAUUGCAAGCCGUUUUUGACAAGAUUAAAAACAUGCUUUCAGAAAUAUGGCAAAUUUUGUGGAAGUAAUGUACUGUAAUUUUAUUUUUACUUCUCAGUUUACUAUAGCUUGUUAAUAUGAAAGUAAAAGUGAAGUCGCUCAGUCGUGUCCAUCUCUUUUCAACUCUAUGAAUUGUAGCCUGCCAGGCUCCUCCGUCCAUGGAAUUUUCCAGGCAGAAAUACUGGAGUGGUUUGCCCUUUCGUUCUAUAGGGGAUCUUCCCAACCCAGGGAUGGAACUCAGGUCUCCAACAUUGCAGGCAGACUUUUUACCGUCUGAGCCACCAGGGAAUCUCUUUCUUGUUAAUAUGGUGCUUUGUAUUUUCCUAAGAUGGUUAAAACCAUAUCUUGUUUCUGAGUUCUUCUCACAGUCUAGCCUUACUCUCUCCAUUGAGUUAUGGGUCUAUGUCCCCUACCUUGAAAUUGAAUGGACUUUGUGACUGCUUUGAGAAAUAGUGGGUGGCUGAAGCAACACCAUGUGACUUCUAAGGUUGGAUAGGGAAAAAUGCCUCCUUGCUCUCCUGCGGUGGUUACCCUUGGAAUUUGCCCACCAUGUUGUGAGGAAGCUCAAGUAGAAGCCAAGUCACCCCCAUGAAGAGGAUCUGAAGUCACUGACCCAGUCCCUGGAUGAUACUUCAUCCGCCAGCCAGAACCAUUUGCUGGCCAUGCAAGUGAGGCAACACAGAGUGAAUUCUCUAGCUGCCAACUGAUGAAACUGCAAAGAGCAAAGAUGAGCCAUUCCCAUGGGGUCCUACCCAAAUUGCAAAUUCAUAAGAAAAAUAAAUGAUUGCUGUUGUUUUAAGCCACUAAGUUUGGGGAUGGUUUGUUAAGGAGUGAGCAUCAACCACAAUUAAAUGUCUCUGAAGCUCAUUGCCCAGCACUCCUGGCUCCCACCUGUCCUCACACACAAUGCCAAUGAAUUUAAGAGUUUAUGGAAUUAACACGCAGAAAUUCCUUGCAUUCCUAUACACUAACAAUGAGAAAACAGAAAGAGAAGUUAAGGAAACAAUACCAUUCACCAUUGCAACAAAAAGAAUAAAAUACUUAGGAGUAUAUCUACCUAAAGAA